UUUCACUAAAUACACAAAUAAAUCAAUGAAUGCUGCUCAGUUGCGUUUUGUUAACGGCUUAGAGCGGUGCUGAAAUCAGUUGAAGAGAAGUUGAGAUAAUUUUUUCGAAAAUGUUUUACAAGAAAAAGCUUUUAUUGCAAGCCUUUUUAACGGUUAUAGUUGCGCAUCAGACGCUGGUUAAUACAGAAGCGGUUGAAAAAGAUGCACACUUGCAGGAAAAAGCAACAAGAGCAAUAUCUACAAUAGCAACAACAAUUGCUGACGCGGAGGUGGUCAAAGAAUUUACAACUGAAAUAUCGACUUUUAGCACUGCCAAAAAUACAAUAAACAACAGCGCCAACAGCAUUUUCAAUGCCACUCUUACGGCAGACACUUCCACCUCCACCAACGUACCUGAUAACAACAACAAGUCCGCCAACAUCUAUUGUACACCAUCGCUUUGUGAACUCUACAAUGGCAGCCAUGUUUUCCAAGUACCGCACAUUGGUUGCGAUAGCGAUGGCGGUUUUGGGCCGUCCUGUGGCGCUAAACCACAUCUGCUUUACAUGAGCCAACGACGACGGCAAUUCAUUUUGGAUAUGCAUAAUCUUGCCCGCGAACGCAUCGCCUCCGGCCAGUUGGAGGGCUAUCGGCCAGCAGCUCAUAUGCCAAUGCUCAAGUGGGACGAUGAAUUGGAAUACUUGGCCACGUUGCAUGUCAAACGCUGUCAAUUUGAACAUGAUCAAUGUCGCAAUACGCCGCACUAUCAGUUCAGUGGUCAGAAUAUCGGUUUCUUUUGGAUUGGUCGCGAGUUUAAAUCGCACGCCAAGCGUAUAAAAUCGUUUAUACUGAAUUGGUUUCGUGAAUAUCGUGAGGCGAAUCAAACGUUCAUUGAUAGCUACGCACCACAUCCGGAGGGCAAAAAAAUCGGUCACUUUACCAUGUUGGUCGCCGAUCGUGCCCAUCGUGUGGGCUGUGCAGCUAUACGCUAUCGCGAUCCGAUGCAAGCUAAUGAUAUGAAAUUAUUAAUGACCUGCAAUUAUGAUUUCACUAAUAUAUUUGGUGAGCCGGUCUAUCAAAGUGGUCCAGCUGCUAGUAAAUGUAUCUAUAAGAUAAGUGAGAAAUAUCCAGCACUCUGCGACUGGAAGGAUGCCAUUUACGAUUAUGAUAGCGAGGAGAGUGCGGAACCUGAUAAUGGCAACGAGCUCGAUAGCAGCUUCAUAAAUUAAGUUAUUUCUCGUUAUUAAUUAAGAAUGUCAAAAAUUGUUGUAUGUACUUAGAUAGAUAUGUAUAAAUU